AUUUGUUUUGUUUUUUAAAUGAUACGUUUACUAAUUCCUUAUUGAGGUUAAGUUUAUUAAUAUUAUUGAUAUUGAAAUAGUUUUCUUCGUGUUCAUUUAUUCUUCCAACUGUUAUCGGGUGUGUAUAUGACAAACAGAUUAAGAAGGAAAAUUAAAGGGUUGAGUUUAGUUACAGCUUAUAUAUGGUAAGAAUGAAUAAAAAACCUAAUAGUGCAACAGCUCGCUUAAAGCAGGAUUACUUACGUCUUAAAAAAGAUCCUGUGCCAUAUGUUCUGGCUGAACCAGUACCUUCUAACAUAUUAGAAUGGCAUUACGUUGUCAAAGGACCAGAAAAAACACCUUACGAGGGAGGGUUUUAUCAUGGAAAACUUAUAUUUCCUGGAGAAUUUCCAUUUCAACCUCCUAGCAUUUACAUGACCACUCCUAAUGGUAGAUUCAAAGUUAAUACCAAACUUUGUCUAUCCAACACUGAUUUUCAUCCGGAUACAUGGAAUCCUGCUUGGAGUGUGUCUACUAUUCUUACAGGGCUUCUUAGUUUUAUGAUCGAAAAGAGCCCAACCUUUGGCAGUAUUAAUACAACAGAUUACGAAAAAAGAGAAUUAGCGAGGCAAAGUUUGGAAUACAAUCUACGUGAUAAAUUGUUUUGUGAAUUAUUUCCUGAAACUGUUGAAGUCAUCAAGGCAGAAUUAGAACAUAGAAAAGAAUUGGAAAAACAAGCAAGGCAUCAAUCUACAGCAGCAGAAGUUUCUUCCUUAAUACGAGAUCAAUUACAAAGAGAACAAAGUCCGUUACAAGGUGCAAUUACUAAUCUCGUUGUUCUUGUUGGUUUUGCAGCAUUCGCUCUUAUAGUUAAAUAUGUAUUAAGGAGUAUCGCAACGGAAUAUGGUAAAAGUGAGUAGAUAUUAAGAUAUUAAAAAGAAUUUUGUAAGAAAAGAUAAUAUACAUGAACAGAUCUACCAUGCACACAUUUUUUACUUAAGGCUUCUCAAGAAAGACAAUGAUUUCGUAUGAAUAAUAAUGAAUUGCUUUUCUUUUUCUUUUCUUGUUAUACUUUGGUUUGUCAUACAAUUGCACUUUCUUCCAAAUAAUUUGUCUUCGACUUAUAACAAAGUGCAAAAUUAAUAUUCCGACUGCCUAAAAAGCUUUAUAUAUAUAUUCAUGUAUACAUUGCAUCUUUGUAUAACUUAUUGUUACACGAAGAUACAUUUUAUUAUUCCUACUAAAAAUUAUAAAUUCAUUUUCAAUACGUACUUAUAUAUAUAUAUAUAUAU